UUAGAUUAGCUUCAAACAAUAUGUUCCCCAAAAACUGUAACCAAACAAAGAUAAAGAUCAGUAGACAUCGACCUAAAAUUCUUCUGGUGUUCAAAAUCCUUUUUUUCCUGCUCGUUCGUUGUUUCUGAACUAAAAUGGAGGCAAACGUGCUCUGGCUGAGAUGCCCACCAGUUCCGCCAUUGCCCUCUGCUUCCUCAACCUUACAAAAGCUUUCAACCUCUCAUUUCUCAAAGCGCCAUUCUCCUGGUUUUGUUUUGAGGAGCAGCUUGAGCAAGGAAGAGCCGCUUAUUGACGGGCUUCCAAAAGAGUUCUACGAUGAUGAAUGGCAAGCUCGACAAAGAGAGAAGACAAAGGAGUUACAUCGAAGGCGUCAGGAGGAAGAUGAAGAAGAGGAAAGAAAGGUAGAAGAAUAUCGUGAAAUUGGGAUGCGUCUAAAAGGAUUUCCAGAAGAAGAUGUUAUAAAAGCUCGAAAACUGGUUUCAAGCUUUAUCCGAGCUGCUGAAGAAGUUGAAGAGAAAAUUGAGGAAGCUGCUGAGAAAGGGGAACUAACAGAGCUUGUUUUAUUAGUCAUAUGGAAUCGACUUGAUUUAGCACGCCGUGAUGAUGAAAAGGAUGCAAUUAGAAGUCUUGAUCUGUUAUAUCGAAGGGUUGAGACUGAAAUUCUCAAACGGGAAGCUACUCCUGCCAUGAGACUGCUUAACGAACUUUUGAAUAUGUAUGACGGCUUUGAUGAUGAAGGGUGGCUAAAAGAUUGCAGAAAACGCAUGGUUGAUACCUUUCCACGGGAGGAUCCAUUUAGCAUUCUUGUUCCAGUUGGUUUAGACAUUGAUAAGCAUCAAGGGCCACUACGACCAUCGCUUGAAGCUGAUAAUACACUAUUGAGAGUAGACUUUGUCAGAGAGGUUGAUGAAUUGCUGCAAGAAGUUCGACCGGAUGAGAGUGAAGUGCAAUAUGCAAAUGCAGGUGGAUUUGAUGUGGAAUCGGUGGCAAGUAGGUUGAAACAACAGGAGAAACAACGGACAAUAAGGUUGGUUGAAGCACUGCUAGACUUAUCUAUAAACUUGAAGUGGUAGGGAAUGGGAAUGAGAAUGGAAUAUGACCUUAAAGUUUUAGUGGAAAAGAUACGAAUUUCAAGGAUCGAUUUCCAGUUUAGGUUUUUGCAAAUAGUUUUUUCUUUUUUAUUGUAACAUGUGUGUGGUAUGAAGAUUCGAAACUCCAACUACCUUAAAGAAAGAAGUAGAAGUCUAUGCCGCUGAGCUAUAUUUGUGUUGGUUAUUUUAACAAGUAGUUGCUGGAAUAAGACGAUAGAAAGACCUAAGGUGUAACACAGAUUCGAUAUCCGAAGCAUCAGUCUUCCACUAUUUGUAAUGCUCGAUACAUAGAUUUAAAUAGUACAGUCAUAUUAAUCUGAGAA